AUGGAUGGAGUAUGUCAAGAAUUGCGACGCGAACAAACGUCUAGUAAACACAUUACUGGCUCUUGCAAAAAGACCAAGGUGAAAUAUUUGUUGAAACAAUUAAAAUUGGACUGGAAUUCAAUCGAAGAUAGUGGUGAAAUUAGAAUAUUAGAGAAAUAUGCUAUUGAAAAUCGCGUUGUAACAUUAAUUUUAUGUUUUUGUUCCGCAUUUGGUAUGUUUGCUCUUAUAACUGUAGAAUUUACACCAAUUGUCCUUGAUGCUGUCAUAUAUCCUAUCAAUAAAUCUCGAUCACGUAAAAUAAUAGUAGAUUUCGAGUUUUUUAUUGACGAGAAUCAAUAUUUUUAUAUUUAUUUAAUAUCUGAAGUCGUAUUAGUACUAACUGCGCUGUUAACCAUACUUGCAACUGGAACAUUAUUGUUGGCACUUCUCAGGCAUUAUUGCGCAACUUUGAAAAUUGCUAGAUACAUGUCGCUGUGGUACAAGGCACCUGUAACAGUACAGAAAUUGUUAUUGUUUAUGAUGCAAAUCACUUCGAAAAGCCUUGUACCGAAUAUUGGUGGUUUAUACGUUUCAGUAUUGGAAAGCUUUACCACGGUUUCGAAAAUGGCACUAUCCUUCGCGAUGAUACUUUACUCCUGUAAUACAACGGAUUCAUAA